AUGGGUGGAGAAGUUAUUCACUUAUACUACAAAAUUAUGAUUUCUAUUUUGCGGGAUGAUGUGAAGUACGAUUCAUUCGUCAUAGGCAACGAUGAAGAUUUGCAAGUUCUGUUCCAUUAUCAUCGACAAUUUUCGGAGGUGAGGACCCUGAGCUAUUGGCCAAGCUUAUGGAUAUGGUCUCUAGUUCAGGAGGUUCUAACCGGAAUCCUCAGUCUUCAGCCAUGGCAACCUGCUCUAGUUCGAGGCCUGUUGGGUGGAGCACCGAAUGGUGUGGAAGAUGUAUUUCAGGAUGAGGAUGGUGAUGAUGUGGAGCCCGCCGCCAUUGCCGAUGAUAGCGAUGAUGAGCUAGCAAUGAGUACUCCAACUGGGGGUGGUGGAGCAACUAUUUCAGGAACUCUGCAAUUUGGGGCCAGAUUCACACAGGUUACAAGAAGACAAGCUGAGUUCCAAGUUGUUCAGCAGUUUCAGGAUAAAAAGGAGGUCGUGUUGAGCGUGAAAACUUAUAGCAUUCGAUGUGGAAUUGAGUAUAAAGUUUUGGAAUCCGAUUAUCGCAAGUACCAUGGGAAGUGUAAGAAAUUCGGCAACAGUGAUCACAGGAGGCUUGAUUACCAAGUGAUCUCGGCCUUCAUACUGCCUAUGAUUAGAGCCGAUGUUACCGUGUCGAUCAAGAGGGUUUGGAUGGCUAAGCAGAAGGUCGUGGUUCAGAUUUAUGAAGACUGGGAAAAGUCAUAUAAUGAGUUGCUACGAUGGGUGCUAGGUGUGCAAAUGACGAUGCUGGAUAGUUUUGCGGUGUUAAGAACAAGUCCUGUGCGACUGGAUGGCCAAGUCGAUAAGUCACAUGCUUAUUUCCACCAUCUUUUUUGGACAUUUCCACUGUGUAUCAAGGCCUUCCGACGUUGCAAGCCUCUGGUUAGUGUCAACGGAACCCACUUGUACGACAAAUAUGGUGGUACACUACUGGUUGCAAUAGCUCAGGACGGCAAUUCAAAUAUUAUCCAUGAUGCAUUCGCCCUUUUGGAGUGUGAGAAUGCAGAGUUGAGGUCAUUGAUUCAUGAGAAUCUUAUGUACUUUUCUUGGGUGUUUCUUAGGUGA